AAAGCUUGUCUGUGAGUCCCGAGUCUAAACUGGACGUACCAUUAUCCAAAUGCCCAAGCAAUGGCUUUAAUUGUUGAUGCUUAAUUCAUCUGUCACACUCAAAUUAUUCGCCUCAUUUGAAUCUUCUUCUCCAAAAGCAGACUAAAAUUCUUUUCCCUUUCUCCAAAACCUCUCAAUGGAUCAAAUUCAGCACGUAUUCGUCCAAGUUCAAGGAGCUCUGCAGAUCCAUGUGGCACAGAUCGGAACCGGCUCCAACGUCGUCCUUUUUCUGCACGGUUUUCCCGAGAUUUGGUACUCCUGGCGGCACCAGAUGAUCGCUCUCGCCAACGCCGGAUUCCGAGCAAUCGCUCCCGAUUACAGAGGCUAUGGACUCUCCGAUGCUCCCGCCGAGCCCUCCAAGGCUACAUACGCCGACCUCAUCGGCGACCUCCUUCAAAUUCUCGACACUCUCCACAUCCCCAAGGUAUUUCUUGUUGGGAAAGAUUUUGGAGCAAUGCCAGCUUAUUACUUUGCCCUGAAACACCCAGAAAGGGCAUUGGGAGUUGUCACAUUGGGAGUGCCAUUCAUGCCUCCUGAGCCUAUUAAGUUCCAAAGCCACCUCCCUGAAGGCUUCUAUAUUUCAAGAUGGCAGGAACCUGGACGAGCGGAGUCUGAUUUUGGUCGUUUUGAUGCAAAAACUGUUGUCAGAAAUAUUUACAUCCUCUUCUCCAGAAGUGAGGUUCCAAUAGCUGAAGAAAACCAAGAGAUAAUGGACUUAGUAGACUCAUCCACCCCUUUGCCCCCUUGGUUCACUGAGGAAGAUCUAGCAGCUUAUGGUGAUCUCUAUAAGAAAUCUGGAUUUGACACUGCAUUAAAAGUUCCUUACAGGUCAUUGGGUGAAGAUUGGGGAAUAAAAGAUCCAAAAGUUGAAAUUCCAGCACUUCUUAUAAUGGGUGAAAAAGAUUAUGUUCUCAAAUUCCCAGGAAUUGAGGAAUAUGUACGAAGUGAAAAGGUGAAAGAUUAUGUGCCCAAAUUAGAGAUCAUCUAUUUAGCAGAAGGAUCCCAUUUUGUUCAAGAGCAAUCCCCGGAAGAAAUUAAUCAGCUACUACUCAAUUUCCUCUCCAAGCAUACAUGAUUCUCUAGAUGUAUUCAACACUGAGGUUAAAUCAGUUCUCCCAUAAAGACUUUAGAUUAUCCAUAUGACUGUUUUUGUGUCGGCUACUUCUGUUGUCUUUUUAAGUCAAAAAGUAACUACAAUAUGUAUGUUAUAAUUAUUCAAUAAAUAUAGACAUGGUAUCUGUGUAGGCAAAUACUACCUUACCCCUCAAA